AUGAAAAACUGGAGGGAAUUGGGCGAAGUGCCGGGUUCGGACGAGGACGACGACAGCAGCUUCGACGAUGAUGAUAUCGAUAUCGACAACUUGGACCUGAUCAUUAGCGAGCCCGAGACGCGAACUGUCAAGCUUCCCGAAACCCCGGUUAUCAGUUCCGUUGGGAAGGAUGAAAAGGAACAAGAUGCUCCACCAGUCGAAGGACGAAAGAGCGCUGCGCCGGAAGACGUCGGCAUCGUGAAAGCGCCCCAGGGCGAGCCUCAGCUUUCGGGGAAGCCAAAGACGGUUGUGGAGGACAUUUGGCAUAUUCCAAGCUCUCCAAUAAUACAAAACUCGCCCAUACAACCUCCAUCUCCUCAGGCCGUGACCGAACCUCCACGCAAAGUGAGCCCCGUACCAAGCGAAAAGCCCGAUGACGAAGAAGACUCCCCGUUGUCUCCUGCAAAAAGCGACAUCUGGUCAUUACCCUCUCUAUCUCAACCCCAAGAUGCGAAAAACUCGGAUUUGCCGGUUCUGAAGGUUAGGAUACCACAGACGAUACCUGGGAGGGAAGCAUACUUGAAGGAUGACGUACCGAAGAGCCCAACUAGGGAGGAACCUACUACAAUCCCUUCGUCACCCUCCUUGAACGGAACGAUUAUACCUAGGCCACGCCAAGUAUCGCAAGCUGUAUCCGAUCAGCCCCGGAGCGAUGGAUCUGCACUUGGUGAUCAGGAAGAUGGCAAACACACGACCGGACGACGUGCUCUCCGCCCGCGGAAGCCUAUCCAACAGCAUCCAUAUCUCCUGGAAAACGUUCGGUACGCAAAAGUCAUGAAGUCUCAUGGCAUCAAACCUAUCAAGGUGGUCUUGGAAGAUUCUCAGCGUAAAAAGAAGACUCACGAGGAGGACUCGCAAGAGCAGGAUUUUUUUGAGGAAGAGAGCCAAGAGACAACUCGGGGUGAACCCUCACAGGUCACAGAAGAAAGCGGGCCAAUCCUUUGGGAUGACGAUGAUGAGUUAGCUCUAUCGCCUUCGCCGUUAAAGACGUCGUCACCGGCUCGCCAUUUACGUGCUAGUAGCGGGUUAAACAGUGGUAACCAGACGGAUAAUACGGCCCUAUCCGAUGAGGACGAGUUCCCUGAUUUGGACCAACUCCAACCUAGAUCCGAGGCACACAAGAGACUUCUAAAGCGACAAAGCUCGAAUCUUCUGUCAGCGAAGCGCAAAAAACAAAAGACUGUUUCUAAUUCUCCAGUAACCGUGUCUCCAAUUGGAGGUUUGAGGCUACCGCCAGUGUCAAUAUGGGACCUUUCACCGUCUCCAACUAUCCCACGGGCGCCUGUCGAGUCAUCACAGGAUCUAGGUCUUACGCAACCACCAGACCACCGGAGACUGGCAAAAUCCCCUUCGGCCUCUCGUACAGGACCCGUACAGCCCGUCGGAUCACUUCAAGAACCAGUGGGACCCCCCAUAUUCACCAGAGACGAUAGCGACAGUCCUGCUAGCGAAGAUAGUGACUUGGAAUCUUUGUCUGCGCUACGUCACUCCGACAGUGAGUCUGAUGUCGUUCGCGAGACUGGCCGGAAAAUUCGUGGUGUGCUGCCGGCAUCAUGGCUACGACUGGACCAGAAGAAAGAUGGACCCGCUGCUCGUCACAAUGCCAAAAAGGAUCAUGAACCCCCGAUAGAUCGACUCAAUCGAAAAGGCGUUGCUCUUCCAAAACAGACUUCCCCGAAAAGGCUAUCUGCGACCCAGUUCCCGUUCGACUUUGGUGAUGAAUCCGAAGAAGAGGCAACUCAACCUCAAGCCAGGGCGCCGGCUGUUAGUCGAUCUAGUCCAACACGGCCUACUCGUCAGAUCAUAACUCUAGAUGAUGAUGACGAUGGCUUCAUGAUCGAGGAAGACUCCAUCGAUGCUAUGCUAACUGGGCGAAGGAAGAGGGCUGGCUCUCCCAGUCUGUCACGGGGCGCAAAGAAGCCAAAGAUCAGUAAAGCCACCCGGCAACCCAGGAUAACCCAGUCGUUCUCUAGGUCAAAGAGUGCAUCUGGCGCCUUACCGUCGGCUAAGGGCACGGCAAAAUCUUCCCGCAAGCCAAGAGGUGGUAUAACCGCAAAACCUAGGUCCAGAAAGAGAGCAGCAAUACCGCCGCUUCUCAGUAUUUUGGAUGUCAUUGAGCCCAAUGCUCCAAAGUUCCUCAAGAUCGCAGCUCGUUCUGUCAAGAAAAGGACGGAUUUGGGGAAGAGCAGUCCCACCAGAAAGGCUAUCAGGUUCGCUAACCGACAGGAUAAUAUUGAUGCACUCUCUACUCUUCGGGACUGGAAGUCCGGCAAGACACGGCCACGAGUUGCAGCGCCACCAAGGAAGAGACCUGAGCCAAAGACUAGUAGAGCAGUACUUAGGGAAGUAUCCAACAAUGUGGAACGCCAACCUUCAUCAACUCAACCACUACCUUCCUCACUGGUCCCGCGAAAGCUGGUUGUCAAAAAAGCCAGCGUAAGGAAACCCACGACGAACAAUUCGGAUGGGUUAAGGUCAAUGUCGAGGCAGCCGUCACGAACUACGAUUUCUGAACGCGGCCCGGCCAUGCGACAGGCGCAGCUAGAAAUGAGCAUAUACGAGGAUACGCAGAAACGGCUUAAGAACAAGAAACGAUCGCUUGAUGCUCUGUUCAGGCAAGACCGAAAAGCACAGCGCCCACCGAGUCUUGAUCUCUUGGAGCGUGUUCUUGAUGAGGGCAGAGCUACGUCGCCAGAAUCAUUCGUUUUGGAAGGACAGGACGAUUCUGUCACUGAGGUUGCACCAGUCGUUCCAAAGCCCAAGGCCGCAAACGACAAAUCCCGGUACCGCAAGAGACGAGCGCCUCAGCAAGUCGACGUUGAAGCGCCGCAGUACACCCGGGCAGAUGAUCCUUUGCCGGCUGGCUUCGCCAUGGUUGAGGAACAGGCCAAGACAAAAGACAUCGACAAACUCAGUGGGUUGGGGCAGUAUGGUACACAAUAUACUCACCACUUUGAAAUCUUCCCGCUUGAUCAUGGCACGUUCUUCCAUGAGAGCACCAUCAUCGGGCGCGGCUAUGUCAAAAAGGCAACCGAGGCCAGGUUCAGGGAGAGGAUUCGUCGACCAAGGCCAGCUGCGUCUUUUCUCUUCCAAGGACAGUCACUUAACUGGGGCAUGUGGGAUGAUCAAGUUUCAUCAGAGCUUGGUAUACUUGUCGACUGGGUGGCGGAGCAGCUCGAAGCCGGAAGUAAGGAUGAUACGGAAUUCGCAGGUCGCCAAGCUAUCGAUGCAGCUAACUUUGUCAUGGAGUAUGUCCUUGAUGCACUUCGGGUUCAGGAUGACAUCGGCCAAAAGGCAUUUGUGUCCAGAUGGUCGGAAGUCAUGGCGAGCUUCGUCGGUCGGUUCGAGGCGCUUGACUGGGGGCCGUUGCCCGAGCAGACCAAAAAGACCUCCCUGGAUAUAGCUACCCGCGUGUGCUUGGCAAUGCUCCCAGUAUACCUGAUGGCACAGUCAUCUGGCGAUGACCUCUUACAAAACAUGAAGCUUGAAGGACUUCUCACCAAGCUUUCUAAAAUUGCCAUCACUGGAGCGCUGAGCUGUGAGCUUGAGGAUGUCAGGACUCUAUAUGGCGAUCUACAGCGUCCUUCGUUCAGAGAACGCGGUAUCCGGCCGAACCAGGUGCUCGCUGUAUCAUGGGUAGUUCUCAUGCAUACGCUAGAAAGCGCCGGUAUUCCGCGGAGUACAUUUUGGGAUGUUGUUCAUUCAGUAAUGCUCACGCCUGAGGUUUUGUCCGGGUCAGAUGCCCAGGUGUUUGAGCAACUUUGGCAGGACAUGUUCACCCUGUUGCCUCUGGGCGAGAUUGACAACAUGGGUAUUCUGCUUCCAGGGCUGCGAAACACCGUUCCUUUGGAGGGCUGGACACUCCCUCAGAAGCUUAUGAAGCGCGUGUUCGAGCUGUACAAGUCCAACCAGCGUCAGUCCCCUAGCUUCAACGAGUACUGUCGGGCUUUGAUCGGCCGCUGCUACUUCCUCGUUCAACAAUGGGGCUGGCGCAGAUGCACUGGAGUCAUUGGCACUAUUUUCGACUUCUUCGGCUCGCAAAAUCUCUGCCACCUCAGGAAUGAGCAGGUCUACAAGUCCCCUCGCUUCCUGGAAGAGCUAGCUGAUGGCCCUUCUCUGGCCAUUGAGCCGGAAGAUCGGUGCUUUCACAUCUUCAUCAAGCUGUUGGCUCUGACCAUUCAGCAUCUCAAGCAACUGGGCCGGACAAAGGAUAUCCGAAACUUGGUAGCAAGGACGCUUCCCAACCAUGACCGGCAGUAUCUCAAGGAGGACACAAUACAUGAACGAGACCUUGCAGCCUUAAGGAACCAUCAUGAUCUCUUAUGCACCCUGUUCUGGGCUGCCCCACCGGAUCUCAGGCCGCGCGUUGACUUGAUAGAGCGACUGAUCACGCCUAGCAAUGCUCACAAGGAGGCUUGCCUGAUUAAUAUCCGAGCAUGGAGUCAGCUCGCCCGCCUCGUUGUGUCUAAUUGUGAGGGUAGCGCUGCAUUCAGACCGUUUUCCACAUGGAGGAACAACGUUUUCAACCAGAUCCUCGACCAGUACAUGUCUGCGGAGUCCGAUAUCGAGCAGCAGUUCAGGGCGCUCUCUGCAGAAAGUAUGCGGAGCAUUGAUGCGGCGUGGCGGGAUGAGUUGAUCACGAAAAACAAAGCAACGGCCCUGGACAUUCUUCACGCUUCAGCCAGAGCGUCUCUCGAUGUGCUCAAGCACGCAAAAACCCUCGAGGCAACCAUCUACACGUUGAACGUCACUCAGUUGCAAAAGUUGUGUACUACCCUGCACUUUGGCUCUCCGGGCUUUGACUGGGGUAUCCUCAAUGUGGCACUUGAUACCCACGAGCACUUCCUGGGCUGGAUCGAAAGGUCUUCCGAGGAGCAGUACUCUAGCAAUGAGUCUAGUGCGGAUAUCGACCCUGCCCAGUUGGAGGACGCGAUUCUGCUGCUUCGCGAGAAGCUCACCAAGGAGUUCUUCUGGAUGGCCAGGGAGUUGCUCGCCUUACCAGUGAAGGCACUCACAACCUUUGGCAAGCAAACCGAGCAGGUCGCCUGUACGGAGAAGACGGUGACGCUGGCUGCCAAACUAGCCGCCCGGUUCAUCCAGGAGCGAGUGACCCAGGUGCUGCCGUAUUUCCAGCCCGGCAAGUACGGACUCUUCCCCGACAUCCCCGAGAACAUGACCGGCCCGGAGAGGAGAUGGCUCCCGCUCUUCAUCGCCACUCUCGUCAAGAAGAACGUCUUCGACUUCAAGGACAUCGAGACCAAUAUCCUCUCCCUCUGGGUUCAGUCCAUCAUCAAGCCCAUGCGCUUCCUCGGCUACGAGACCUACUUCGCCGAAGUCCUCCAACAGCGCGGCCUCCCCUUUCUCAUAGGGGCCGACGUCUCAGCCGGCAUGACGCCAGACUACAACAUCCAUCUAGACCUCUUCUCGCGCGCGAUCCACUACAUGCGCAAGGCUCUCCGCGGAGGAGGAGGCGCGUCCACGCCAGCGCCAGGUGCAACCCCAUCAGCCUCCGUCGUCGGAUCAUCAUCAUCAUCAUCCGCCCAAUCCAUCCGCCGCCAAAGAGAAGAAUUCUCCCAAACCCUGCAACUAGCCAUGACCAAAAUCAAGGAAGACUUUUCCCUCCUCCGCUGCUCCGACCCCAAAAUCUCCACAGAAGAAGAACACCAAAACUACAUGCUCUUCACCCACGCCAUCAUCUCCCUCAUCAAAUCGCACGGCGUCGGCAUCGUCGUCGUCGACUCCUUCUUCCUCACGCCCUCCGACUCGUACUCCCCGCCUUUGCAGGACCCGCAGCUGCACACGGCGGGGAUAAUGGCCUACGGCGUGCGCUUGUCCGAGAGGGAGGCGCCGGCUGCUACUUCUAGUCAGCUGUUUUGGUAUUUGUUUAAUAACUUUAAGGUGGCGUUGGCUAAUGAUGGCCUUUCUGAGGAGAGGGGGAUUCUGGAGAGGGCACUGGGGGAUGUCAAGAUGACGGGCGCCAGGGAGUUCAUGACGUUUAUGUUGGAGAUUAUGGUGCCUGUUGUUGUGAGGGUUGCGGGGCAUAGGGUGGGUCAGGAUCAGGAUCGAGGAGAGGGAAUAGAAGAGGGUGAGUUUGGAUCCGAAGAGGUGUUGUUGGAGUGUUAUGCGGGUGCGGUGGUGGGCGUGUUGACGAGGAGUUGUGUGCCGAGGGAGUUGAGCGGGGAGGAUGUGGAGGUGCAUGUUGUUGAAGUUUUGAGGAGUGUAGUGUGGUGGUGUGAGGAGUUAUGGAAGAAGCGAGGGAGGAUAGGAACUGGAAGGGGGCAGGAGGUAAAGAGGAGGGAUUUGGCGGUGUUGAAUCAACUGGUGGCGUUGUGUCUUGCGCUGCAGCCGAGCAUUAUUCCGAUAGUGUUUAGCCAUGGAAAGAAACAGAAGGGGGAGGUGAAGGCACUGGCGGACAUGGUUCAGGUGGUCUCGAAGCUGUUUGGUGCGGCGAGGGAGUGUAUCCGACAGUAUAUCUUCCCAGAGCCAAAGCCAAAGCCAGAGGGCCAAGGCCGGCGAAGAAGAGCGGCUGCUGGUCUGGGUCUAGAUCUAGAUCUGGAUCUGGAAGAAGAACGCCCCGACGACGUUGUGGAAGUGCAAGUGGAAAAUCAAGACAACAACGGAUUCAUUCGGGUCGAGUCCCUUCUCAGAGGUCUACGGUCAUCUUCCACGUCUUCCUCCCACCAUCAGCAGCAGGGCCAGGCGAGGGUGGUUAACCCGCGUGUGCAAGGGCAUGUCACUUCGAUCGCCAGGGAUAUGUCGAAUAACUGGAUCGUAUCCGAGGGUCGGGUUACUACACGGAUUACUGCUGCUCCUGCUGCUGGUGCCGGCGGUGGCUCCGGCUCCGCGAGAGUACCGUACCCUGGACAGGGACAGCAGCAGCAACAACAGUUACCGUCAAGCACGCAGUCUACUACUACUGCUACUGCUACUGCUACUGGUGCUGGUGCCGUCGCCGCUCCGGCUAGAAGCCAAGGGACAGGCUACACGGUUAGGGAUAGAGAGGAGCUGCUGCGGGAUCUAUAUGCCCGGCUUGGAGAGUGGAGGUUGGGUGAGUGGAUGAGUGGUGAUACAACAGCACUCGAUUGCCAGAAGAGGAGGGAAAGGAGGAAGAGGUUGUGGGAUGAUGAGAUGUUUUAUGGCUUGGUUUAG